AUGCCCCCGAAGAAGGCGGCGGCGUCGAAGGCCGACGUCGCGAAGAAGCAGAAGGUCGUGGAGGACAAGACCUUCGGGCUCAAGAACAAGAACAAGAGCAAGAACGUCCAGAAGUACGUCCAGUCGCUGCACCAGUCCGUCCAGCCCAAGCCCGACCCGACCAAGACCGCCGCCAAGAAGAAGAAGGAGGAGGAGAAGGCGCGCGAGAAGGAGCUCAACGAUCUGUUCAAGGUCGCCGUCAGCCAGCCCAAGGUCCCCGUUGGUGUCGACCCCAAGUCGAUACUUUGCGAGUUCUUCAAGGUUGGACAAUGUCAGAAGGGUUUUAAAUGCAAGUUCUCACACGACCUGAAUGUCCAAAGGAAGGGUGAGAAGAUUGAUAUUUACAGCGACAAGCGUGAUGGAGAGGAAGAAGAUACAAUGGAUGACUGGGAUCAGGAGACCCUUGAGAAAGUUAUUGCAUCAAAAAACGCAGAGUACCAGCAGAACAAACCUACUGAUAUUGUUUGCAAGCACUUUCUUGAUGCUGUGGAGAAGAAGCAGUAUGGGUGGUUUUGGGUUUGUCCAAAUGGCGGCAAGGAGUGCCGCUACAGGCAUGCCCUUCCGCCUGGUUAUGUACUAAAGUCUCAGAUGAAAGCCUUACUAGAGGAAGAGAGUAAAAAGGUUGCAAUUGAAGAUGAGAUUGAAGACCAGCGCAGAAAGGUUCAAACCACAACCCCUAUGACUACAGAAUUGUUCAUGGAAUGGAAAAGGAGGAAGGCAGAAGAAAAGGAAGCUGGUCUGGCGGCCUUGAGGGCAGAUAGGGCUAAGAAUGACCGUAUGAGUGGUCGCGAGUUGUUCAUGGCCGAUGCAAGUGUGUUUAUUGAUGAUGCUGAAGCAUAUGAAGUUUAUGAAAGACGUGAAGAGCCACAAGACAACCAGGAACAGGGCAAGAAAAGUCAGGAUGAAGGUCCAAGCUCAUCAACCUCUAAUGGCAAGGAGGCUGAUGAGGAGCCGGAUGAUGAAGAUCUAGAUGAUGACGAUGACCUAGACCUUGACGAAUUAAAUGAACUCGAAGCAAGCCUGUCAAGAACUUCCAUUCAAAUUCGGGAACCAGGUGAGGGGACAUCAUCUUGA